CUACUUCCAUUUCUUUUCGUAGUUGAUACAAAGAUGCCCGGCAAAAUCGUUGUGAAGAACCCCGUCGUCGACCUUGAUGGUGAUGAGAUGACCAGAAUUAUCUGGCAAUUCAUCAAGGAGAAGCUUAUUUUGCCUUAUCUCGAAUUGGACAUCAAGUACUACGAUCUUAGCGUCGAGAACCGUGAUGCUACCGAUGAUCAAGUCACCGUUGAUGCUGCCGAGGCCAUCAAGAAGUACAACGUUGGUAUCAAGUGUGCUACUAUCACUCCCGAUGAGGCUCGUGUUGAAGAAUUCAAAUUGAAGAAGAUGUGGAAGUCCCCCAACGGUACUCUCCGUAACAUCUUGAACGGUACCGUCUUCCGUGAACCCAUCGUUUUGGACAGCUUGCCUCGCCUUGUUCCCGGCUGGACCGGCCCUAUCAUCAUUGGCAGACAUGCUUUUGGUGACCAGUACCGUGCUACUGACUUUGUCGCCUCGGGCCCUGGUAAGUUCGAAAUGACCUUCACCCCCGCCGAUGGCUCCGCUCCCCAGAAGUACGAAGUCUACAACUUUGAAAAGUCCGGUGGUGUUGGUUUGGCCAUGUACAACACUGAUGAAUCCAUCAUUGGUUUUGCCCAUGCCUGUUUCCGUAUGGCCAUCGAGCGCAAGAUGCCCUUGUACUUGAGCACCAAGAACACCAUUCUUAAGAAGUACGACGGUCGCUUCAAGGAUAUCUUUGAGGAAAUCUACCAGAAGGAAUACAAGGCUCAGUUCGAUGCCUUGAAGAUCUGGUAUGAACAUCGUCUCAUUGACGACAUGGUUGCCCAGGCUUUGAAGUCCAACGGUAACUUUGUGUGGGCUUGCAAGAACUACGAUGGUGAUGUGCAGUCCGAUAUCAUUGCUCAGGGUUACGGUUCCCUCGGUCUCAUGACCUCCGUCUUGUACACUCCUGAUGGCAAGACCGUCGAAGCUGAAGCUGCCCACGGCACUGUCACCAGACAUUACAGAGAACAUCAAAAGGGUAACGCCACUUCCACCAACCCUAUUGCUUCCAUCUUUGCCUGGACCCGCGGUUUGGCUCACCGUGCCAAGUUGGAUGACAAUGCUGAACUUCUUCAGUUCACCCAGGAUCUCGAAAGAGCCUGUAUCGAAACCAUUGAGGUCGACAAGCACAUGACCAAGGAUUUGGCCUUGAUGAUUCACGGCAAGAACAUGACCCGUGAACACUACUCCACCACUCAAGAAUUCUUGCAGCAAAUUGCUGACAAGUUGGCCUCUAUCCGUGAACGCCGCGCUUCCUUGUAAACAAUUCCAUUUAUAAAAUAAUGAAUGCCGAUGGCCUGUAAUAGAAGGCAUUGUAUUCUUUCCUCACUCUUUGUUGUUUUCCGUAUAUUCGUUUACAUAUCGUUUUUGUUUUCCCCAAAUAAACCAAUGAAAGCAGUUCUGUACUGUUUGUUCAGCCAAUAUC